AAUAUAGGAAUAUCGUGGACAUUACUACAUGAGAUGGAUUAUCAGAAAUAUAUCUCCAUCAGGCACGAUUAUAUUCUGCUCCCAGAAGAGGCUCUGACCAACACAACUCGACUACGCUGGUGGCAACCAUUUGUAAUUAACAACGGCAUUGUUGUAUCGGGGUUUGAUCGUGCUCAGUGGGCCCUGGAUAAUAUACUGAUUGGCGGAGCAGAAAUCAAUCCAAGUCAACUGGUGGACACAUUUGAUGAUGAAGGGAUCUCCCACGAAGAAAACUGGAGUUUCUAUCCAAAUGCAGUCAGGACGGCGGGAUUCUGCGGUAACCCCUCCUUCCAUCUCUACUGGCCAAAUAAGAAGAAGGAUCAGACGUAUAACAUCUUGUCCUCCCGCGAGCUCAUUAUACAACCUGGAUACAUGAUACAGUUUAAAAUUGUCGUUGGCUGUGAAGCAACAUCUUGUGGUGAUCUCCAUUCGGUAAUGCUGGAAUACUCUAAGGAUGCUAG